UCAUCAUUAAACUUAAUCUUGAACUUGGAAAAACAAUUAUCUUUAUUUAAACUGUUUCAAGUCUUAACCCUCUAAGCAAAAUUGCGACAAGACGUCAUACUUCAUUAAAUAGACUGUAGUUCCUAAUAUAGUGUAAUAUCUCAUUUGUAUUCCCUACCACUAGAUGGCAGACAUCUAUUACUUCGAUUAUAGACCAAAAUUGUUCGAGGAAAUAGCAGAGCAAGUGAGCUAUCGUGUCAUUGAUGCGGAAGCAGUUCAGUUCAUAGAGUCUGAGUAAAUUGUGAGAUUUGUGAGAGAAAAUCGCCAAAUGGCUAAUAAAAAGUUGUACCGUGAGGAUGUGUUGCAAAUGUUAUUCGCAGAGUCUGACUCUGAAGGGGAAUAUUUGCCUUUUGGAAAUGACGAUCGGCCGUCUAAUGAUCGCGCAUCUCCCGGUACAUCUUUGCAUGCGCAAUGGCGCCGCUGUAAAAGGCGAGAGUGUUCACGAAGCACCAUCAAGUGAUCAUUUCGAGCCUUUGCCCAACGGGGAUGGGGGUGGCAGGGGUGGACGUGGUCUUAGUGUCCAUACCCAGGUGAAAAACAAGUACACUUCCGUACUUAAAGUGCUCUAUUUUUGCGCACUAAUUUUGUACUUAAUAUACUAAAAAUGAUCCUUUAGUACUUCUUAAGGUCAACUUAAGAUCAUCUAAGUGUACUCAACUGUGCUAUUUUGAGACACCAUAAAUAUGAACUAAAAUACACUUUUAACAUACUAUCUUUGUAUUUAAAAAAUGUAUUUAGUACACUCAAGUGUAUUACAAGUGGUAGCUAAGCUAGUGUAUGAAAGAUGGGUUCAAGUGUACUACAAGAGGGACCCCAGUCAACACGUGAGGUCACGCGAUGAUCACAGUGACAUCACACCAUUCUCAUACGCUGAUCCUCACAGUGUGAGUAAUAUAUGAACUCAUUGUGAACUCAAAAUGUUGAGCAGGUUGAGAGGAGGCAGUUCAAAUAUCAGUCACCGGGGGUACAUUCUACUUCCUGUUUCUCAACAGUAUCACAGAGAUAUCACAGUGCUCUCACAUGAUGAGCUCAUGAGUGCACGCCCAGCUAACAGAUUUCUGUUAUAAGAUACAACUGAAACAUACGUUACCAUCAUGGUGAGUAGUGUUUGCUUUAGUUGGGCUCUUGACCCUUGAGUUUAUAACAUUAUAUAUUUUUGGGGCUGCUGUAACUGUGUUUGUAGAGCACAUUUGUUAUGGCAAGAAAAACCAAAAAGAGACUGCAAUCAGGUGAUAUUGGUUUGUUGUUGCUGCUAACAACACAGUCAUCACCUACACUCAAUAUGCAGUCUUGGUGAGGUUUUAUUAAUAAACAGUUUCUAAAUAUAGUAGCUCUGUGAUAAUACAGUAUAGGAUACAUCAGUCUCAUUAUUAUGAAGUUAUGAAGGAUAAAAGCAUAAGACACAAACAUUAUUAACUACCCUCUCAUUUAAACACAAAGAGAGACAUCAAUAAUCGGUGUAUGAAUCUCAACAAUGGUGACAAUCAAAAGCUUCAUGUUGCAAUGCAUGCUGGGUACCUAGUCUCCAUGCAGCGAGUGAACUUUGACCUCACAUUAGUAUGAGCUCACAGUGAGGGCGCUGUGAGGUUACACUUUUAGCUCACCGUUACCUCACAUUGUGACCUCAUCAUGAGUAUCCUGUGAGAUCAGGGUGAGAUCACUGUGAGAUCAAAUUGUUGACUGGGACAUCAUAAUAUGCAAAUUAGAUGAGUAUAUUUACACCCCACAUAAACUUUAGGUCAUGCUCAACAUUUUCUAAUUUACAGUAGAUUUCUAUCUUUAAGCCCUUUCAAGCCACAAGCUUUUGAAAUCUUGAUGUCAAAAUCCAGCAUUUUUCCACAAAAACCCUGGCGCCUAAAGGGUUAAUAUUUUUCCUUUUGUUAUACUGGGUUAAAUAUUGUAUAUAUGCUAAAAUUGUUGGACAUGGCGACCUGCCUAGAAAGUUUUCCACCAACCAUCACUGCAACACCAGAACUAGGCACUGUUUUUUGUUUGCAUUGCGGAUGCUUUAGGAAAAUAUUUCUAAAAUGUAUGUCACACACUUCAAGUAAGAUUGUAUCUGUCUGACCAAUCAAUAUCUAAUGCUGAGAUCAGGUUAAUUUGAAACCACUGUUACAUUUUGUUUUUAACAGAUUAUAUCAGCCCAGUCCACUCGGCUUGAUUUCUGUACAUGAAGAGAAUUUCUAUUUCAGGACAUCAUGGAGAUACACAAUAAAACCCCCAGUGUUAAAUCAACACUCCCAAUGUAUAUACAGCAUAAUCCACACUCACGCCCAUUUCACACUGCAAGCGUGAGCGACACGUGAGCAGCGCGAAUUUUUUUCGGCUCCCAUGUUAACAAAUGAGUGCAUUCACACCGGGAGCAGGAGCAGCGCGUGAGCGUCAAGCAGGAGCGUCGCGUGAGCGGCAAUGCAACAAUAAAUGAUUUUACCUUUCUUUAAACUUAAAAUAACAGGCUGAGAGUUACACUAAAUGUAUUUAGUGUUUAUUUACAAAUCACUCAAUCAUGCACAAUUCUUCCCUCAUUAUUGUGACAGGUUUCAUUUUUUGAAGAGCUUAUCCUCAUCAUUCCACUUGGUUCUUAUGACUGCCUUCAUCUCAGAUGUGAAAAAACUAUUUUGAAUGUAGUCUGGAAAAACAAACAAAAACUAUCAGAAAUUCUCAAGUUUCAGUUACACUUUUCACUACAGGCAUAUUUAGUAUGCUUAAAAUAAAUCCUGAAUUGUGAUGUCAUCAAGUGUUUGUGAAAAGUAUUCAUACUACUCCCAGUUAAUUUCUUAUGACAUAUUGGUCAGCAUUAACAAUGUCUUUGAACACUCCAGGUAACAGAAGUGAAAAGGUUGGUUCACCCAAAAAUGAAAAUUCUGUCAUCAAUUACUCAUCCUCAUGUCGUUCCAAACCUGCAAGUCUUUCAUUCAUCUUCAGAACACAAAUGAAGAUCUUUAUAAUCAAAUCUCAGAGCUUUCUGUCCCUCCAUUGAUAGUCCAUGCAACUACACAAUAACAUGCAUUUCUGGAAAAAAAAAGCAUAGACGCAAUCAUGUUUAAAUACUAUAGUCCUCCACAAUUAUUUACCCUCUUUAUCAUUUUGGUUUUUCGUUCAAAAUUCUAACCUUAAAUUUAAAAAAAAUUAUAAUCAUUGAAAAAAAAAAAAAAAAAAAAAUAUAUAUAUAUAUAUAUAUAUAUAUAUAUAAUUUACAAAUAUAUGUAAAUAUGCUAUUAGAAUACAGUAUAUAGAAUAUAUGUGUUCCAUAGUUAUUGUGCCCCCUUCAUUUAAUACUGUGUGUAGCCUAUAACUCUCUUCACACAUAGGGGCUAAUCCAUGGCUAGGUGUGCAUUACAUGAUUUUAAUGCAUGAGGUGAAGGCAAAGAACCACCCAACAUGAAACGGGUUGCCUCCAUUGAAGUCGAUUGAAAUUGUGUAAUACACACCAGUUAAAGCUAGGUUAAAAAGUUAAGUUAAAGCUACCCUUAAAGAGAUAGCUAACCCAAAAAUGAAAAUUAUGUCAUUAAUUAGUCACCCUUGUGUGGUUUCACACCCGUAAGACCUUCAUUCCUCUUUGGAACACAAACAAAGAUAUUUUUUAAAGAAACAGAGAGCUUUCUGCCUCUGCAUAGACAGCAAUGCAACUUACACAUUUAAGUUCCAGAAUCACAGGAAAGACAUCAUUAAAGUAAUUCAUGUGACUCCAGUUGUUUUAACUCAAUUUUAUGAAGCGACAUGAGUGUUUGUGUCAAAAAAAAAAAAAAAAACAACAAAAAACUAAUUUACCACUUUUUUACAAAAACAUUGAUCUGUAAUGUGCAUUCAUGAGAGCAUCACAACACGUGAGACAGAAGACAAAAUUGAGGUUAAACCACUGGAGUCACAUGAAUUACUUUCACAAUGUUUUUCUUAUUGUUCUGGAACUGAAAUGAGUAAGUUGUGUUGCUGCCUAUUGAGAGGAGUCAGACAGCUCUCGGAUUUUAUCAAACAUAUCUUAAUUUGUGUUUUGAAGAUGAACAAAGGUCUUACGGGUUUGGAACGACAUGAGGAUUAUAUCAACCCAGUCCACUCGGCUUGAUUUCUGUACAUGAAGAGAAUUUCCAUUUCAGGACAUCAUGGAUAUAUUAUCAUGUCUCUUUGGGGUUGUUGGGAGGUUCUUUUUACUGGUGGAUGUGUGCUAUUUACUAUUGUGUAGUCUCAUCUCAAAUUUCUUCAUUGAACUAUAUACAAGCAAGCCAAAAAGAUAUCUGUUUGCUGCCUUUGUGACUGUAUCAAUUUUAAUACUGACACUCACACAGAGAUCAAUUGUGACCUCCACUGAGACACCCAGUGAUAACUGCUAUACUAAAGCAGCAGUGGCAGCGGAUGCUGGGACUUGCUCUGAGAUUGGGAGGGACAUCUUGAAGCGUAAAGGUUCAGCAGUUGAUGCCGCUAUCGCCACUCUGCUGUGUUUGAGUCUGUUUAAUGCUCACAGUAUGGGCAUUGGAGGAGGGGGGGUUUUCAUCAUAUACAAUUCAUCAACAGGAAAGGUGGAGAUGAUUAAUGCCAGAGAAACUGCUCCAAUGAGUGCCUCAGAGAACAUGCUUGGCAAUGACACAGGGAAAAACCCAGGGUUGUUCAUAGCUGUACCAGGAGAACUACGUGGUUAUGAGCUGGCACACAAAAGACACGGGAGACUGCAAUGGAAGGAGCUGUUUGAGCCCAGUAUAAAGCUGGCAUUAGAUGGAUUUCAGAUUGGCAAGGCCUUGGCCAAAGCCAUUCAACAGAAUAAGGACAUAAUUCUGAAUAAUGAAACACUGUGUGAAGUGUUUUGCAGCUCAAAUAACAAGACCAUCUUGAAGGAAAAUGAUCCUAUAAGAUUUCCCAAACUAGCUCUCACCUAUAAGAAGAUAGCAGAAGAAGGACCAGAUGCCUUUUACGAUGGAUCAUUGACUCAGGAUAUACUGGAUGUCAUCAAUAAUGCAGGAGGGACCAUAACGCGUGAGGACCUAAAGGGUUAUAAGCCAGUGCUGAAUGAGUAUGCAUUAAAUUUUACUGUGGGGAAUUACAUGGUUCAUGCUCCUGAUGCACCAUUCGGUGGACCUGUGCUAGCUCUGAUACUCAACAUACUCAAAGGUUACAACUUGUCAAGCAGCAGUGUGUCCACUAUAAGGAAUAAGACUUUGACCUAUCAUCGUAUGAUUGAGGCUUUCCGCUUCUCUGAAGUCCAGAAGAGUAAACUGGGUGACCCACUCGAUGAAAACAUCACUGAGAUUGUUUUACAGAUUGUCAAAAAUAUAACCUCAGACAGCUUUGCAGACUACAUCAGGAGUAAGAUUAAAGAUGACAUCAAACAACAGAGAUACGAUGACCAAUAUGAGAUUUAUGCAGCUGAUGACCAUGGCACAUCUCACCUGUCUGUCCUCGCUGAAGAUGGGAGUGCAGUGGCCGUCACCAGCAGUAUCAAUGACUAUUUUGGCUCUAAGGUGAUGUCACACUCAACAGGCAUUAUAUUUAAUGACCAAAUGUUGGAUUUCAUUGAUCCUGACAUGACAAAUGGACUUGACAAAAAUAAUUUAAUUAAGCCAGGUAAAAGGCCACUUUCAUCAAUGUGUCCCACAAUCAUAUUGGACAAACACAGCAAACAAGUCAAAAUGGUGGUCGGAGGUUCAGGUGGGACUAAUAUCACCACAUCAGUUGCUCAGGUGAUCCUGAAUUAUCUGUUCUUUGGCUAUGACCUGCAGAAAGCUGUUAAAGAGCCCAGAGUUCAGAUCCCAAAACUUGUGACAGAUGUAGAAGAGUGCUUUGAUAAGAGAGUAAUUAAUGGCUUGAAAUUGAAGAAUCAUACUAUACUUCAGAAUGCUGAACUAUCAGUGGUCCAGGCACUUGUACAACAGGAGGACAAAAUCUGUGCUGAAUCUGACUGCAGGAAAGGCGGCUAUCCUGAUGGAUACUGAACACUGCUCCUGUGAUCAUGCUGCUAGUCAAACCCAGCUAAAUAAAAGCUUUGUCCAGUGACAGCUCCACAAUGUUGGGGUGUUUUAUAGGUGGCAAUAAAACUUGAACAGGUAGCAUGUGCACAAAGCUAUUCAUAAAUAACAUACUGUUUCAGUCUGUAUUAAGGUAUCAAUAUUCCAGCUUGCUCUUUUAAUUUUUUUUUUAUUAUUAUUAUCAUUUAAUUGUAUUUUUUAUUUAGCUUAUCUAUUGCUGUCACUUGCAUUUUGAAAUCUGUUUUUUUGUUUUGUUUUUGUUUUAAUCACAUGCAUCUCAGUAUACACUUUAAAAAAUGAAUUUCACUGUUGGAAACAUAACUGAAUGAUCUCUUGUUCCUGUAAACUUAAUAUAAAAGGGUGUUUUAAAUCAAUAAAAUAUCCUGUCAGCUUUAAUCUACUUGAUAAUUGUUCUUCCAUCAAUGUAACAUGGGUGAGUAAAUGCAGAAAAUGAUGAACACAAUAUGUUGAGUUCUGAGAAACUGCUUUGUUUAUCUGCCAUACUAGGAGGAAUGCGCUGCCUUUAUGCUAUUGAGUUUAGGGCAGCAUUUUGAUUUUCUGUCAUGAUUGUGAAAAAUGUCAGUCUCAACAAUGGUGACAAUCAAAAGCUUAAUGCUGCAAUUCAUGCUGGGUACCAGCACAGUAAAAAACUCACCCAUGAAUCCCAGCAUGCAUUGCGGCAUGAAUAAAUUAUGCCGCUGAAUUAUCCACAAUUCUUACUAUGUGCUUUUAUUUUUUGUGUUGAGUUUUAGUAGCAUGUUUUGUGAUGUUCAGAAUUGAUCUAUUUAUUUUGUUGAUUGUCACCGUUUUGAGAUUCAUACGCUGAUUCUUGAUGUCUGUGUGUGUCUAACUGCUGCCGUAGUACUAAAAGUUUUGUGCCUAAGACAUUUUUCAGUAUCAGUUUGUCAUCUCAUUCAGGCUCAUAUAGCAGCUGUAAACAACACCAAACUAACAAAUAAAAAAAAUCCACAUCAUGUUUUUAAAGAUCA